GGGGGGCACAGGGGGGGCUCCGGCGGUGAUGAUUCUGAGCCUGGACCACAACAAACCUCCGGGGCAGGACUGGACAGGAGCGGCAUGGGAGGCUAGCAGGACGCACAGCCAUGGGAGCCAAACAAAUGAAAUGCUUGAGCGCAUCCAGUCCCACUCAUGCUCCUAAAGAUGAGUACAUUAUCGCACGCUCCGAGGAGCUGGAGACCGCCACUGACCAGCCGACUGCAGAGUCGCACAGCAGAAAAGAUGAUGUAGAAAAGUCCUGCACGCCAGGGCCCCACCAUGACACCGAGCAUGCUGGGACAGUGGAGGACUCCUCCUGGGAGGACCAGCUGUUUGCUCAGCAGGAGCAGCUGGAGAAGGAGAUGCAGGAGACCAGGAGGAUGGUCACUCGACUGCAGGCGCUGCUCCUGCACGGCUCGCUCCCCGAGGAUGAGCAGGGCGUCCCUCUGGGCUUCGGAGAGACCUGCACCAACGCCGAACAGCAGAUGAUAUUAAUCCGCAGCCGGCUCGACCAGAGUGUGGAGGAGGCUCUGGACCUUAAGAGGGAACUCAUGCGGUACAAACAGGAGGCCCGCAACCUUCAGGCAGUCAAGGAUGCCAUGCAGCAGCGCAUGUCUGCUCAGGAGGACUCUGUCCUGCAGCUGAAGCAAGAGCUGCUCAGGUCCGGCAUGGCCAGAGAGGAGCUGGCUGGACAGAAUGUGGAGCUGCAAAGGAAGCUGGGUGAUCGCAACAAAAUCCUGACUGAAUAUAAAAAGGAGAUGGGUCAGAAGGACAAACUGUUGCAACAGCAGCAACACAAACUGGACGAGGCCGUGAGGAAAGCCAACACCAGCCACAGGCUGUCGGGAUGUGAGAAUAAUGGCUACAGUCACAUGAUGGAGGGUCCUCCGCCUCCCUACCAACACAGAACAGCUGAUGAACUUCAGCUGGUGCGUGACGCCCUGCGUAGUCUUAGGAACAGUUUUGGGGGUCACGACCCCCAGCACCACACGCUGGACACUCUGGAGCAGGGCCUCGGUAGCCUCAUGGAGAGACUUCACACACACGACACACGGCAGGACAAGAAGGGCCCCAGCAAGUCUCCAGGGAGGAGAGCCAACCACACUGACCGGGAAUCGUGGCCGUCCAGCACCAAGAUGGCGCAUUCCCACAGCAGUCCAGUGCUCAGUGCAUCUGUGUCCACUAAAGUCCUCUACUUCACGGACCGCUCCCUAACGCCCUUCCUCAUCAACAUCCCCAAGAGGUUGGGGGAGGUGACACUGCGGGACUUCAAGGCCGCUGUUGACCGACAUGGCAACUUCAGGUACCACUUCAAAGCUUUAGACCCGGAGUUUGGCACGGUGAAGGAGGAGGUGUUCCAGGAAGAUGCCAUCAUCCCAGGUUGGGAGGGAAAGAUUGUGGCGUGGAUCGAGGAGGACCACAGUGACACCAGACUGAACUGAAGGAGCCUGAGCCAUGCCUGUGUGAGUGAGUGUGUGUGUGUGUGUGUGUGUGUGUGUGUGCACACCAUUCCCCUCGUCAUGAGAGGACACCCACAGACUCACAGGACCAAUGGACUUUGAGAUUGCAGACACGGAGAAUGCCUGAUGUGGAGACAGUGGCGACGGAAAAUAAUCUGUGACGUAUGUACAGUGGCGACAAAGAGAGACCUGUGACCUAUAGAAUGUGGCGACGGACAAGGAUUUGUGAUGCGUAGAUUGUGGCGAUGGAGAGGAAUCUGAUUGUGGAGAUGGAGAAGGAUCUGUGAUGUGUAGAUUGUGGCGAUGGAGAAGGAUCUGAUUGUGUAGAUUGUGGCGAUGGAUGGAGAAGGAUCUGAGAGGUACUGUACGUACUGUGGCAAUGGAGAAGGAUCUGUAUCGUGCUGAUGUGACUUGUGUAAAUAUCUCUUCAUGAAAACAUUCCCAAACACACUGUGCACCUCCCAGAACACCUAAACAUGUGAUUCAUUUACCAGGGUGGGGGGUGGGGAUGCGUGUGUGUAUAUGUGUGUGUGUAUAUAUGUGUGUGUGUUUGUGAGAGAGAGAGAGAGAGAGAGAGAGAGAGAGAGAGAGUGAGAGCGAGAGAGAGCAGGUUGAAGAAAGACGUUGUUUAUAUGUUGUUUAUGCCGACCUGUAAAUACUCUCUGCCUGUAUUGACAUAAUUGUCUGCUUCAACAUUGUGAAUGUCACUGUUUGAUAAAUGAUUGUUACCCUGGCAACCACUCAGCACCUCAUUCCCCUGCACCCCUCACAAUGUCUGAUAGCAGCAGUGUGUCCAGAUUCUGUCUGUGGAUGCUGAAUUAUGGACAGGAGGGGGGUGGUGUGUUCUGUCACAAAUGUACACUAUUUAUUGGAACUGUCAUUUCUAGGAUUUCAGACAUCUCUGGUUUGUAAUAGAGACAGAUGGGACCAAUGUUUGUAACAUUUGUUACUGUCUGAGAAUAAAAAAAAGUAUGGAUAUAUAGAAAAAGAACUGUAUUUGGGUUUUGUAUAUAACUUCACAAUAAACAUGUCUCAUCUGUGGUG